AUGACAAUCGAAUCCAAUGUCAAUUUUUCUCAAUUAUAUGAGCAUUUAUAUAGCAAUUCUACUUCUUCAACAAAUGCUUCUACUGUCACAACCAUAGACCCAACCUGUGACAUAUCAGAUAAAACUAAAAAUAACAAACUCACCAAAAACUUUAUUAUGGAUGAUAAAAAUGCCAUCUAUACGAAAAAUACGAGCACACCUGUUUUAUCCAAUCUCACUGUUGGCGCUACCGUUAAGCCUGCUCAAGAAAAAAGUAUGAAUAUUCAAACUAGUUCUGAAGGAGAAAAGAACAGUGACCAAAUAAGCUCGUCACCAGAAAUAGACUCUGUUUUCGAUAAAACACUUCCAUUUCUUGACUGCUCCAGUGAAACUGAAGUAGAUGAUGAUUACGAACAAAACAACCCAACAUUAAACGGUAAAAGUAAGACAAAGAAUGGAAAUUUACAAAAAACAUUUUAUAAUAAGGACAACAGCGCCAGCAGUACGUAUCCAUUUAGGAAAUUAAGUGGUGUUGGUAUAAAUAAUGAUAAAAUAAUAAGUCCCGACACAAAAAAGGUAAGGAAACCUAUUUUGCGAAUAUCUAAAUCUAAUCAACUGAACUAUAUUGUUUUUUCCUCUACUGAUUCAAUACAAGAUGCCACUAUAUUUGGCACGCAAAUUAACAUACACAGAUUUUUAUCUCCUGAACCAUCUUCAGCCGAUAUACCAUUACCUUCUAAUGAAUUUGAAAGUGUGAGCAUUAGGAUUAAUAGAGAUGUUAAGGAGAGCUUUAAACGAAGAAAACGGAUCGAAGAUAAAGGCGGUUAUUAUGAGUUGGCACCAACCUCGCCAUUAACCAAAAGCAAUUACAGUAACGAAGACUGUCAAAACGAAGCUUGUAAUAUACCAAUAACAAAUGAUGGUUGUAACAAUACCACUAAUGGAGAUAUGGAUGAGUUUGCAAUUAUAAGAGCCUAUGGAUUUGAAUUUCCUUGUAUUAGUACUAAAAGUAAAACCCGUCACAUUCGCUGGAAUUUUUAA